ACUUCCGGUAGCGCGGAGCUUGUAAAACACCCUGGAGAGAAAAUGGCGGCGGCGGCGGCGGCUUCGGCGCCUCAGCAGCUCUCGGACGAGGAGCUUUUCUCUCAGCUCCGCCGUUACGGCCUGUCUCCCGGCCCCGUGACGGAGAGCACCCGCCCGGUCUACCUCAAGAAGCUGAAGAAGCUUCGAGAGGAAGAGCAGCAGCAGCAGCACCGGUCCGGGGGCCGCGGCCACAAGACGCGGAACAGUAAUAACAAUAACACGGCAGCCGCCUCCAUCCCCCCGGGGCCCGGGGUCCCGGGAGGGGGAGGAAUCCCGAUGAAUGACAGGGCGGCGGCCGCUGGGAGUCUAGACAGAAGUCGAAACCCCGAGGAGUCCGCGGCGGCGGGGCAGGGAGGGGCGUGUGAGGCGCUGGACUCCAGCCCGGUUCCUCGAUACCGUGUGAACGCCAAGAAGCUGGCCCCGCUCCUGGCCCCGCCGCUCACCGACAUGGACGCCACCCUGGACUCGUCCGCAGGCUCCCUGCUCAAAACCAAUAAUCAUAUCGGCGGCGGCGGCGCCCUCGGGGUGGACUCCUCCAGGAUUUUCCCCAACAGCCUCCCUCCCAGUGCGGCGGUGGCCGCCCCGGGUUCACUCAGGAUCAAUCACUCCAAUCACACGGGCGCCAAUCACACCUACCUGCAGAACGCAUACGGCAAGCCGAAGCUCUCCGAGCCCGAGGAGGAACUUCUCCAGCAAUUUAAACGGGAGGAGGUGUCCCCCACCGGGGGUUUCAGUGCCCACUACUUGUCGAUGUUUCUCUUAACUGCUGCCUGCUUGUUUUUCCUAAUAUUGGGACUGACUUACCUAGGAAUGAGAGGAACCAGCGUAUCCGAGGAUGGAGGACUCAGCAUAAAAAACCCCUUUGAUGAAACAUUUGGAACAAUACAAGAAAAUGAAAAAAAUCUUAUGAUGAACACUUUAUACAAGCUUCAUGAUCGAUUGGCACAGCUUGCAGGAGAUCAUGAAUGUGGCAGUUCUAGUCAGAGAACACUUUCUGUACAAGAGGCAGCUGCAUAUUUAAAAAAUUUAGGUCCUGAAUAUGAACAUAUGUUUAACAUGUCAUUACAGUGGAUUUUUGAAAAUGGAAAAGAUGUUGGAAUAAGGUGUGUCGGCUAUGGCCCUGACGAACAAUUGACAAAUGUAACUGAUGUGCAGUUUUUACAAUCCACAAGACCACUAAUGUCUUUUUGGUGUCGUUUUCGGCGCGCUUUUAUUACUGUCACCCACAGGUUAUUGUUGUUAUGUUUAGGUGUAGUGAUGGUUUGUGUUGUUCUGCGUUACAUGAAAUAUCGCUGGACAAAAGAGGAAGAGGAAACAAGACAGAUGUAUGAUAUGGUGAUAAAGAUUAUAGAUGUUUUACGAAGUCAUAAUGAAGCUUGCCAGGAAAACAAAGAUUUACAACCUUUCAUGCCUAUUCCACAUGUUCGAGAUUCCUUAAUACUGCCUCAUGACAGGAAAAGAAUGAAGAAAGUCUGGGAUAGAGCCGUUGACUUCCUUGCUGCUAACGAGUCGAGAGUUCGUACAGAAACACGAAGAAUAGGUGGUGCAGAUUUUCUAGUUUGGCGGUGGAUCCAGCCUUCUGCAUCCUGUGACAAAAUAUUAGUAAUACCUUCAAAAGUAUGGCAAGGUCAAGCAUUUCAUUUAGAUAGAAGAAAUUCACCACCAAAUAGUUUGACGCCGUGUCUCAAGAUUCGAAAUAUGUUUGAUCCAGUUAUGGAAAUAGGGGAUCAGUGGCAUUUGGCAAUUCAAGAAGCAAUUUUAGAAAAAUGCAGUGAUAAUGAUGGCAUUGUUCAUAUUGCAGUAGACAAAAAUUCACGUGAGGGUUGUGUAUAUGUUAAAUGUCUGUCUCCAGAAUAUGCUGGGAAAGCUUUUAAGGCAUUGCAUGGCUCUUGGUUUGAUGGGAAAUUGGUUACAGUAAAAUAUUUACGACUAGAUAGAUAUCACCAUCGCUUUCCCCACGCUCUUACUUGCAACACUCCCUUGAAGCCAUCAAAUAAACAUAUGAACUCUAUGUCUCAUCUUCGUCUGCGGACUGGCUUAGCCAAUUCUCAAGGAGGUUCCUGAAAAGACUUUCUUCCACUCCUAGAACUGUUAUUUACAAUAGAAAAAUUCCAGUUUGGUUUCUUGUCUUCCUUUUUAAAUGCUUUUUGUAUGUAAUAUUUUUAUUGAAUACAGCUCUAUUUGAACGUUCCAGAAAUCUUAAGGUUCCAAAGGGACUUAGCAAUGAGGCAGCAAUGCUGAGUAGGUAAAUAAUUGUUUCAUUCAGUUUUUUGGAGCUCAUUUAAGCCAAUGCAUUUAAAGUUUUGCAUGAGGAACAUUGACUUUAUUACAUAUUUUCAGAUGUGGUGGUGGUAUUUUUGCACCAAAAAGUGUUUUGAUAAUCACACAAAAGCAUGGUAAAGAGACUUGUAUUUCCAUAAUUUCCUGUGAACUAAUGUUGUGACUUCUUGUAUACAGUAACCUGUAUAGAUCCUUACAGGCUAAUGUGGUAAAACUGUUCAUUUUCCAAUUUAACCUUAGGUUUCUAUUGCUUGUAAGAGAUUCAUUUGCUACAGCUGGAAUAUGGGAAAACUAAUUUGGAUUUAGUGGUUACAUAUAAGUAUAAUUGGAUGUACAUGUACUUAAAUUGGCUUUUGUAUAUAUGUAUAAUUGCUGGUGGUGGCAAAAGUAGUCUUGUUUUGUGAGGAUGUCUGCAUUAAAGCAGUAAAAUAAGCUUCCUAUUUUAUUCAUAAUCUAAAGUGUGUAUAUAUAUAUGUAUAUGUAUAUAUGUGUGUAUGUAUAUAUAUAUGUAUGUGUGUAUGUGUAUAUAUACACACACAUAUAUACAUAUGGCUGUACUAUCACAUAGAUCAAACAGCCAAAACCCCGGAAGUAUUAGAUACAAGUUUCAAAUAUCUUUUAUAGGUUUUAUAUAAAAAUGUCUUGAGUAUGAUUUUGUGUGAAAGUUUCGAUACCAGUUGUAAUGGUUUCAAAUUUAUGUGAGCAAUAAAGAAGCAAUUGGCGGAUAUUGGAAAAGUAUUUUGUGAAAAGCUGUAUUUAUUAUAAAUGCUAGGGCUACGAUAUAGUACCAUUGGGAUCAAGUCAUUUUCCCAAUCUAUUUAUAACUUAAUAAAAUAUUAGCUCCCCUGUUAUAUGUCAAGUUUAAAGCAGGGCACAUUGUUUCAGCAAAAUGUGUAUCUGAAAAAUUAUAUCUACAGUUUUGGGUCAUGAAAAGUUUGCAAUAUAGUAAAUGCACGAGUGACCAUUGAUUUGUGCCUCGAUAUUUACUUUGUUUCAGUAAAGUUACUUUAUUACUGUUUUUUAUUUCAGAUUAAAAUAGUUGUGGAGCAAAGUUUACUUGUAAUGUCCACAACUGGCUUUUUUUUCCCUUUUUGUUUUUUAAGUAACCUGUUGAUAUAUCAUUGUCAGUCCAAAUGAAUAUGUGAAACACCUGAAGGUUGUACCCAUUUUUAUUUUGUUUAAAGCUCAGUUUCCUUUUUGGUUUUUAUUGUAUAUGUGUUGGGUUUGCAGCAUGCACUUGCACAGAUAAUGCACGUUUUCUGGUUAAGUAAACAUGAUGCACACUGUUCUGUAACAGAAAACCCUAUUGUGCCUUACCUAUGUGCUUUUGUGGGCACCAUGUUUAUGAAGAAUAAAAAUGAUUUGUUAUCUGAAGAGAAUAAAUUUUAAAUUCUCAGUUUAUGUCUCAGAUGCUAACGUGUGAAAAUAUAAAUAUAUAUAAUAUAUAAAAUAACCAUUUUAUGUGCAUCAUAGUGAUUUAUCUGAGCUUAGUGACCCCAUCUUGUGACCUGUUGCAAGAGUGAAUGUAAAAAUAGUUGUGGCAUUUUAAAAGGUAGCGUUUUGAUGCAGAUACAUCUUUAUCUUGCUUCUAAAACAUAUUUCAUGUAAACAUUGUACACUUAUUAUUGUAAUAUAUACUAUUAUGCAGCUUAUUUUACCUGAAACUGUUAAGCUGACCAAGAUCCCUCCCUGCAAGACAGAUGGGAAUGUGUAUAAUAACUAGAUAUUUGAGAAGUUCUGAAGUUUGAUGUAAUCUGUUACUUGUCCUGUUACAAAAAAGGAAAAAAUUAAAAAUUUAUUAGGUUUUUUU